UGCGGUGUUGGCUGUGUGUGUGAAUGGUCUGUGUUGAGUGUGAGUGAGUGUGUGUCUAUCCUGUGUGUAUUCCGUGUGCAGUAGCGUUUACGGUGUGAGAAAUCGGCCGGUGUCCAGCGAUGGCUCAGUCUCCCCGUGAACUGACCCAGAAUCCGCUCAAGAAAAUCUGGGUUCCGUAUAACAAUGGACAUCCUGUACAGCACAGCGCACAGAGGAAAGUGUGUAUGACGAAUUGUCCCACCCUCAUUGUCAUGGUUGGCCUUCCCGCCAGAGGAAAGACUUACAUCUCAAAGAAAUUGACCCGCUACCUGAACUGGAUUGGCGUUCCAACCAAAGAGUUUAAUGUUGGUCAGUACCGCAGGGAACUUGUGAAGUCAUUUAGAUCCUUUGAGUUUUUUCUCCCGGACAACGAAGAAGGACAGAAAGUCCGAAAGCAAUGCGCCUUACUGGCUUUAAAUGAUGUGAAACGCUACCUGGGAGAGGAAGGCGGUCAUGUGGCAGUAUUCGAUGCAACAAACACAACUAGGGAAAGACGGGAUACUAUCCUCAAGUUUGCUGAACAGAAUGGUUUCAAAACGUUCUUUGUGGAAUCGGUAUGCGUUGACCCUGAUGUUAUUGCAGAGAACAUUGUGCAAGUGAAGUUGAGGAGCCCGGAUUACUUGAACUGCAGCAGCGAGGAGGCUACAGAAGACUUCAUGAAACGGAUAGAUAGUUAUAAGAAUUCCUACGAGACACUGGAUGAGAUCCAUGACAAGGACUUGUCUUAUAUUAAGAUCAUGGAUGUUGGCCGUAGAUACCUAGUCAACCGUGUCGUGGAUCAUAUCCAGAGCCGCAUUGUCUACUACCUCAUGAAUAUUCACGUGACCCCGCGCUCAAUUUACUUGUGCCGGCACGGGGAAAGUGAACUGAACCUCAAAGGCCGCAUCGGAGGAGACUCUGGGCUCUCCAGUCGGGGCAAAGAGUUUGCCAAACGUCUCGCCAAGUAUAUUAAUGAACAAAACAUCCAUGACUUAAAAGUUUGGACCAGUCAGAUGAAGAGAACUAUUCAGACAGCCGAGGCUGUCGGUGUGCCCUAUGAGCAGUGGAAGACCCUCAAUGAGAUUGAUGCUGGAGUGUGCGAGGAAAUGCGCUACGAGGAGAUCCAGGAGUCUUUUCCAUUGGAGUUUGCGCUGCGUGAUCAGGAUAAAUACAGAUAUCGGUACCCAAAAGGAGAGUCAUACGAGGAUCUGGUUCAGCGACUAGAACCGGUCAUUAUGGAGCUUGAGCGGCAAGAGAAUGUUCUGGUUAUCUGUCACCAAGCUGUCAUGAGGUGUCUGCUGGCUUACUUCCUAGAUAAGAGUGCAGAAGAGUUGCCUUAUCUCGUAUGUCCCCUGCACACAGUUUUGAAACUCACUCCUAUUGCCUACGGAUGUAAAGUAGAAGCCGUUGCUUUAAAUGUUGACGCUGUGAACACCCAUAGACAUAAGCCAGAGAAUGUAGAUAUAUCCCGACCACCUGAAGCUGCCCUGAUUACUGUGCCUGAUCACCACGGACCCCACAACUUUGAAUGUUGAUGUGGAUCGCUCGAGUGAAGAAGCAUUGAAGACUGUACCAAAUCACCUCUAGUCCUGGAUGUGUCCCUCCAAUACUGCUUACAUAUCAGAAACAUCUGGCAGCUAAGGGGUUAAAGGGUUUUGUCAGAAACUCCAUUUAUAAAAUGGGAGAAACUUUGUUUCUUUUUUUCUUUUAUUGAUCCGUAACACUCCAUUUUAUCUUUCCAUAGGUUUUAGUAGCGCAAUAUUGUACGUUAAAUGAACUUUAACAUAACCGAGUAGGACGCAUAUGGGAAAAAAAUGGGCUUGUGCUGGGUUUUUGUGAAACCCUAAACAUUCCAGAAAUACCUGGUACCAACAUAUUAUAAUUCAACAUUCUUAAUUGGGAAUCCAAGUUUACUGGUAGAUCGGUUAGACGCCGUUUACGUAGCCCCGUGUCACAUGCAUACUUUUUAUUACAUGUUUUUAACUGGAAGAAAGCUGUUAACGGAUUCUCCUUAAUCCUAUCCUUAGCUAUUGUGCCGAUGUUUGGGCACAUAAAAAAUCUAAACCUACACUAGCAGAAUUUCAAGCAAAUAUAUGGAUCCAAAAACACAUCUUGUGCUUGCAGUAUGUCAAAACUUUUGCAUAAUGUUAUAUGCAGUACACUUAGAGACUAAAUUGAUAACUAUAUUUUUACAUUUGCUUACAGUUCUGCUGGGUUUUUUUUGUGUACUGUACAUAUACCGAUGUACAGUUCAAGGGUCUUAUUCCUGCGGCUGUCCAUAGCUGUAACGAGAUCGCUUUUCACAGUAAACUUAUGCCCAAUUAUGAAAAAAAGAAACAGGACUUCAUAGUUCUUUAUUUUUUUCCUCUCUUAGUAUAAUGCUAUAUUCAUCAUAAAUGAAAAUGCCUUCACAUUAAACAAGCUAAGUUGGCGUUUGUAUGAAAUCCUACUGGACAAUAAUACGCAACUGAAUUUGUGUACUUUUAGGUUUUUAAUCCCCUAAUAUCAAAGGGCAACCCCUAAAUAAAUGCCAGGUAUUGCAAAGCCAUUUUUUUUAACAUAAUAUACAAUUAAUAACACGAGGUACUACUUCAGCCCCUUACCUGCAAGCUGUUCUGAUAGGAAGCGCUUUGCGUUUCGGUGGGUCAUUACACCGGAGCGACUCCUAAUGCACAACGGCUAUUUCAGGGUCUCCUCAGCCAGUGACUGGCGAUCCUCUGCACAGAACCGUUAUUUCUUCAAUUCCGUCCAUACAUCACCUCUGCACUGAUUCAUCUGGGUUUAUUUUCAAAUGUGUGAACAGCAAGUGUUUGUAAUUUCCUCCUAUUUUUUUUAAUUCUUAAACAGCUGCUGAUUACCGAGGGCAUUGGGUUUAGUUACAAAUGUGCAAUAUGUACAGGUCCGUCUCCUCCAGGUUAACACCAAGGCGGGAGAAGUUAAAUAUAACGUUUUAAAUAAAAACUAAACAAAUCACUAGAUGUAAGGAGCUGCCAAUGAAUUUUUCACUUUAAAUGUCUGUUAUAGUUAUAGCAUUAAGAUAUAUUUAAGCUUUGGUAUAAUUACCAAUAAAGACAUAAUACAUGAUGGCCUAAUACUGGAGUGAGAUAUGUAAAUUAAUCAAAAAUUGAAAGGAAAUUCUCUCUUCUAACCUGAAAA